AUGAAGGAAAAUUGUGAAGGCAUUUUUAAAAAGACACUAUUCUGGAUAAUCAUAUUCAGUGUGGAAGCCUUGGUAAUACUUUUUGCCAAUAUUAUCACCAUUAUCGUGUUCUGGAAAAGGAGAUUUCAGUUGCGGAAAACAUCUGUUGUCUUGAUAAACCUGUCUAUCGCUGAUAUACUGGUUGGUGUUGGUACUAUUGAAGAGUUUAUCAGUUUUAUUUGUUCGCUUUCUUGGUUCAAGACAUAUUUUGUUCUCGCAGAGUUUUCUUCCUGCGCUUCUAUUAAUUUCCUUGUUCUCGUCUCUUUGGAGCGGGUUUAUGCAAUAGUAUGGCCUUUACGAAGCAGAAGCACAUCGAAAAGAACAUACAUUUACGCUGUCGUAGCAGCAUGGCUUAUAUCCGGAAUAGCACCUGCCUUUUCGUUGUUGAUUCGUAAAAGCAGACAGUCAGAUGAGGAUUAUUCAUGGAUUGGAUCGCUUUACAUCGGUGCUUGCCUGUUAACAAUUACCGUUGCAUAUUCUGUUACUUGGUUCUUUUCCAAAAAGAAAGAUCCAAAACUUUCAGAAUAUAACUUCAGACGCAACAAAAAUUUGGCUAAAACCUUAUUUGUUGUGACUGUACUUUCUCUGAUAACUUGGUUGCCUUUUGUCGUUGUGUUCAGCGUAAUUCUUACUGAACGAAACAUCAGCGCGGUUUCCCCAAUUUAUCGAUGUCUUCAGCUGGCAAAUUCUUUUAUCAACCCAAUAAUUUAUUGCUUUAGAAUGCCGAUCUUCAGAGAAACGCUUAGGGCUACGUUCCUGUUAAAGAAAAAAAUUAGGAUCAGUGUAAGGGGACAUAAGACUCGUUCAAAAGCAGAUGCCGUAGUUUUAACCACUUUCUCCAACUUAAACGUAUUUCACAGUAAUAUCAGACCUUGUGGUUCAAUGCUUUCAAAUUCUUUUAUUAAUCUAAUAACAUAUUGUUACAGAAUGCCUAUGUUCAGAGAAACGCUCAGGAAAACGUUGCUCAUUAGAAAAAAAAAGACGCAGUUAAAACAUCUGGCAACGUAA